GAGUGUGUGGUAGUUGGUCACCCAAGACCCACUGUAGAAUGGUAUAAGGAUGAAAUAAAACUAGACAUUAGUGAACGAUUCAUCACAGAAUACCACCAAGACGGUCGAUGUACUCUUACCAUCCAAAAUAUCACCGUAGAUGAGGAGGCCAAAUACCUGUGUCAAGCUCAAAAUGAUGCUGGCGUAGCUAAAUCAUGGAUUGAAAUUUUCGUUGAAAGU